AUGAUCCAGCCGCUCAACGCGGAAUCCUCCAAACGCGAUUUGUUGAAAGCCGACGCGACGCCGAUCAGCGUCGACACAUCGAUCUCUUGGGACUCCAUUGGAGGCCUCAAACAGCACAUUACAGCCCUCAAAGAAAUGAUCGUGCUGCCUCUCCUCUACCCCGAAGUCUUCCAAAAGUUCCACGUUUCCCCUCCGCGUGGCGUUCUCUUCGUCGGCCCUCCGGGUACCGGCAAAACGCUCGUCGCUCGCGCGCUGUGCAACAGCUGCUCGAUUGGCGGAAAGAAGAUUUCGUUCUUCAUGCGGAAAGGCGCGGAUUGUUUGAGCAAAUGGGUCGGCGAAGCGGAACGGCAGCUUCGUUUGCUCUUCGAGCAGGCGCGCGUGUAUCAGCCGUCCAUUAUCUUCUUCGAUGAGAUCGACGGAUUGACGCCGACGCGCUCGUCCAAGCAGGACCAGAUCCAUUCGUCGAUUGUCUCCACGCUACUCGCGUUGAUGGACGGAUUGGACUCGCGUGGCCAAGUCAUCGUGAUCGGAGCCACCAAUCGCGUCGAUACCGUCGAUCCAGCGCUUCGACGCCCCGGACGAUUCGAUCGCGAGAUGCUUUUCGAUCUCCCCGACCUCGAAUCGCGUCUGGAGAUCCUCAAAAUCCACACGAAAACCUGGGUCCCCGCUCCCGAUCCCGCCGUUUUGCAGUCGCUCGCCGAGCGAACUUCCGGUUUUGCUGGCGCAGAUUUGAAAGCUCUCUGUACGGAAGCAGCUCUCUGCGCUCUGCAUCGCGAGUAUCCGCAGAUCUACGCGACCUCAGCGAAGCUUCGCAUCGAUCCGGAUCACGUUCGCGUGGGAUUGGACGACUUCCACUGCGCGUUGAGUCGGAUUACGCCGUGUUCGCAGCGGUCCAAUCCGCACCAUUCGCAGCCGCUUCCUUCGUAUCUUCGUUCUCUUCUCGAAAAGCCGCUGCAGUGCUUGCAGAGCGAAGCCAAUGCGCUCUUUCCCUAUUUCUCUUCCACUCCCAAGCAGAUAUCGCUGGUUUCGUCGAGUCCGCUGUGCUUUUCCCCGCGGUUGUUGGUCGUGGGACACACUGCGUUGCUCGUCGAUUCGCUGGCGUCCGCGUUUCUCCAUUCGAUCGAUCAUUGCCACAUCACCCAAUUCGAUUUGUUGAGUGCUUGGCGCGAUGGAUCGAUUCACGAAACGCUUUCGAACACGCUCAGCGAGGCGUACCGAAACGCGCCUUCGGUUCUGUAUUUGCCUCAUUUGAAUGAUUGGAGUGGCGUGUAUCCAGAGGCUCUUUCGCUUUUGCAGAAGGGUCUGGACGCUUUUCUCCCCACACACCCGAUUUUUGUGUUGGUUACGGGGGUGGGGGAGGAGAUCGAAAUCACUUCUUUGUUUUCGGAAAACACGUUUCGAAUACAGUCUGUUGUGAUUGAUAACGGUUCCGGCAUGUGUAAGGCUGGAUUUGCUGGAGAUGAUGCUCCUCGCGCCGUGUUCCCUUCGAUUGUGGGACGUCCCAAGCACCCUGUGUACAUGGUGGGCAUGGAGAACAAGGAUCACUUCGUUGGAGACGAAGCUGAGUCGAAGAGAGGAGUGCUGAACCUGAAGUACCCCAUUGAGCACGGAAUUGUGACCAAUUGGGACGAUAUGGAGAAGAUCUGGCAUCACACCUUCUACAAUGAGCUGCGUGUCGCUCCUGAGGAGCAUCCUGUGCUUCUGACCGAGGCUCCUUUGAAUCCUAAGGCGAACAGAGAGCGUAUGACUCAGAUUAUGUUCGAGACGUUCAACGUGCCUGCCAUGUACGUCCAGAUUCAGGCUGUGCUGUCUCUGUACGCUUCGGGUCGUACCACUGGUUGCGUGAUGGAUUCCGGUGACGGUGUUUCUCACACUGUCCCCAUUUACGAGGGUUAUUCGCUUCCUCAUUGCAUUUUGCGUCUGGAUCUGGCUGGUCGUGAUCUGACCGAGUACAUGCAGACUAUCUUGUCCGAGCGUGGAUACAGUCUGGUUUCUACUGCUGAGCGUGAAAUUGUGCGUGACAUGAAGGAGAAGCUGUGCUACGUGGCUCUGGACUUCGACAAGGAGAUGAAGCUGGCCGAGGAGUCUUCGGUGGUGGAGAAGUCGUACGAGAUGCCCGAUGGAAACAUCGUGACCAUUGGAAACGAGCGUUUCCGUGUGCCCGAGGCUCUGUUCAACCCCUCUUUGUUAGGUAAGGAGCUUCGUCACGGAGGUGUGCACGAUGCCACCUACUCGACCAUCAUGAAGUGCGAUGUGGAUAUCCGUAAGGAGCUCUACAGCAACGUGAUUCUUUCUGGAGGUUCCACCAUGUUCCCUGGAAUUGGUGAGCGUAUGCACAAGGAGCUGCUGGCUCUGGCUCCUCCUAGCAUCAAGGUGUCCGUUCUCGCUUCUCCUGAGCGUAAGUACAUGGUGUGGAUUGGAGGCUCCAUGCUGGGUAGUCUGUCUUCCUUCCACAACAUGUGGAUUUCCAAGUCUGAGUACGACGAGGCGGGUCCUACGAUUGUCCACAGAAAGUGCUUCUAA